AUGUCAACAGUCCAGAGAGAAAUAAGAAAAAGGAGCAGCAGAAGAAGAACUGCAAAAAUAAGGGACCCCGUACUGCAAGGAGUAAGCAAGCACGAAACGGUGUGUAAUAUCCGGCCCAUCGAUAAGCUGGCUGCUGGUGGUUGUUGCUGGCGGUGCUGCUGGCGGCCGAAGAAUUCCCUGAUUGUCUACCUCGAGUCUGCCUUUCCUGCAGGCCCCCUUCACGUGUAUCCAUCCGCCAUAGACAUAGGAACUGCUGUGGGAAGACGAAGCAGAGGACAGCAGAAGAAGACGACAACGAGGGAGAAAAAGAAAAGAAACGACCUCUGCCAGCAAAUCCCGAAGCCCGACCAACAGCAGGUUCAAAAAGAAACAAAGCAGCAGCGGUUUUGUCUUGUAUUGGUUGAAAGACGGACGCAAGGCAGCAGACGACAGAGAGAGCAAAGGAGCCAUCCCAUCCUAGAAGACUCGACUCUGGCGAGGAAGCCCCAGAUAGAGCAGAGCCAGCAAGCAAGCAAGCCAGCGUUGACGAAAAGAAGCAAAAAGGGACGAAAAAGAAACCAAGACCACAGUCAAAAAAGGGAAGAGAAGGAAAAAAAAGCAUGGUUCUUUUGCGUGCGCUGUGAAUCUGAUAUCCGAUCUGAUCUGAACCCAGCCCGCCCGCAUCCAACCAUUGCACGCGAAAGAGAGAUCCGUCCGUACAUUAAAAAGGGAGAACGAUCUUUGUACGCCCUCGUCUCGACUCUCCUCCUCAUUCAUCCACCUGGCUGCUGGAUUGGCCCUCUCCGCUGGCGUCUCCCCUUUCGAUCUGGCCAAGAUCCAGCCCGCCGGCCCAAUUUUUGGCUACCGUGCUACGCUUUGGCCGUGAACCUGCAACAGCCCGUCAAAGCUUAUACGGGGAAGUCUCUCUGA